AUGUCGAAGCGCGCCGCAGACGCCUCCGAAGAGCAGUCCGCCGCCCUGAAAGCGGGCGAGCGCCCUGUCUCAGAAGCCCCUCCGGACGAAGUGGGGGAGUUCGAGGACGAGUACGAAGAUGAGUUUGAAAGCGAAGAGGAGAUCUUCGAAGCGGGCGUCGAUGGUCGCCCGGAUGAGGAGCGAGAGGCUGAAGAGCAAGAGGAUGCGAUGGACGUCGACAAGGAGACCUUCAUACCUGGCCGAACAAAGCUGAAUCCCGGCGAGACGCUAGCCCCUGAUCCCUCCACAUACGACAUGCUGCAUACGCUCACCACGCCGUGGCCAUGUCUCUCGUUCGACAUCGUGCGCGAUAACCUGGGCGAUAACCGAAAGACCUUCCCGGCCACCGUCUACGCGGUCGCCGGUACUCAGGCGGACGGCCCUCGAGCGAAAGAAAACGAAUUGAUGAUCCUCAAGCUCAGUGGUCUCGGAAAGAUGGAGCGGGAGAACGAGUCGGACUCAGAGAGCGAGUCGGACUCGGACGACGAAUCGCCAUCAGACCCCAUUCUGGAAUCCAAGUCAAUCCCGUUGAACUCGACGACGAAUCGCAUCCGUGUGCACCAAACGCCUCCUCAAUCAGGAGACUAUUCGAAACCUCCGCAGACCAUAACGGCGACGUGGUUGGAAAACUCACAGGUGCUCAUCCACGACGUCACCACCCAUCUUACAAGCUUCGAUGUGCCCGGCACAGUCAUCACCCCUUCCGCCUCGAAGCCCAUAUCCACGCUGCGAAUGCACAAGACCGAGGGGUAUGCACUGGACUGGUCGCCAUUGCAACCUCUCGGAAAGCUUCUGACCGGCGACAACGACGGAUUGAUCUACGUGACCACCAGGACAGAGGGCGGUGGAUGGGUGACAGACUCUCGAGCGUUUGUCGGCCAUACAUCCUCCGUCGAGGAGCUGCAGUGGUCACCGAACGAGAAGAAUGUGUUCGCUUCGGCCAGCAGUGACGGCACAGUCAAGGUGUGGGACGUGCGGUCCAAGUCUCGGAAACCGGCGGUGGAUGUCAAGAUCUCAGACACGGACGUGAACGUCAUGAGCUGGUCGAAGCUGACGUUCCAUCUCUUGGCCACGGGUGCUGACGACGGACAAUGGGCGGUCUGGGAUCUGAGACACUGGAAACCGAGUGCGUCGUCGGGGUCCGGGCAAAUCAAGCCGUCCCCCGUCGCAUCGUUCGAUUUCCACAAGCAGCCCGUUACGAGUAUCGAGUGGCACCCGACUGACGACAGCGUCAUUGCGGUGUCGUCGGCAGACAACACCAUCACCCUGUGGGAUCUGGCUGUUGAACUUGAUGAUGAAGAGAGUCGGGAUGCCGGGCUGGCUGAUAUCCCGCCGCAACUGCUGUUUGUGCACUAUAUGGAGUCUGUGAAGGAGUUGCAUUGGCAGGCCCAGAUGCCUGGUACGGUGAUGGCCACAGGAAGCAACGGAUUUGGGUAA